AUGACCAAAAUGGCUUCGCUUCUUCGCAACCUGUCGUAUCGCUUCACGCCUACACCUUCGUCUGAGUUCAGAAAGGCCAAGAACGUCGACUCUCUCUUCACAAAAACCGAUCCUGCUGUUGACGGCGAGGAUUGUCUGCACGACUGCGAAUCAUGUUCGGUCAAAUAUCCCCGCAAGUUCGAGAUUGAUCAAGACGACAAGCUCUACGGAAACAUCAAUGGCUGGAACACUCAUCUGAUCGUUGCUACUGGAAAGACCGACUGGGUACGCGAUGUCGCCGACGAGAAGGGCAGCGUUAUGGAGGCCGUGUCCAAAACAGAAGAGCCCACCAAUGGCAAGAUGAUGCUCUCGGCCUCCAACAUGCCCAUACCGCACACUUCGCAUUCAGAUCCUGAUGGCCAGGUCCGCACCACCGUCUUGCUUCUUCCCGCCUUCAAAUUUGUCGACCACGUCACUCCUGCCGCCGUGCCAGACCUUAUAAAACAUUGCGUCAGUACCGCGCCAACAAACACGACACCCCUAGCCGAUCCUGCCUCGGACAACUCUCUUACCAUGGCAUCCUUGCCUUCAGGACUGGACAUGAGAGACUGCCCUCACAACUACUUGAUCCUGUUGUGUUCUCACGCAACCAGAGAUGCUAGAUGCGGCCAGUCCGCUCCAUUACUCAAGAAGGAAUUCGAAAGACACUUGCGACCUCUAGGACUGGCCCGUGACUUUGAUGACGAACGUCCAGGAGGCGUUGGAAUCUAUUUCAUCAAUCAUGUUGGUGGCCACAAGUACUCAGCAAAUGUUCUGAUUUACAGGAGACGCCUGACCCCUGAUGGCAAGCCCCUAGAUGAGGCCGCACAGUGCAUAUGGCUGGCCAGAAUCAAGCCUCAAGACUGCGAGAAUCUUGUCCGCUACACUGUCCUCCAAGGCAAAGUGGUCAAGCCCGGACAGCAGCUCCGAGGAGGCUUUGACCGUUCGACACAACUGACCAGCUGGUAG